UCUUUCUGCUUCUGAAAUCGUUCGCUCUCCAUGAUCUCACUCGAGCAGCGCCUGUCAUGGCGGCUUCUGUUCCGUUCGAUAUUCUUCCUUCCCUUAGAGCGGUCAGCUUUGCUAAUAAAGAGAUGCUGAAUGGGCAGUGAUGAGAGGGGAGCAUGCCAAAUAGUGCUCCAAUCACUACACCGACGACACCCCCAUCCCCUCUACCCCAUUCACGAUUAGCUCGUUCACACAAUCGAAGAUUUCAUGUUCGAUUCCCUGGAGUCAAUUCCGAAGAACAUCUCCUCAAUUAUUAUUCGUGCGCUUUAGUUGCUGAUAUUUUAUUACAAGGCCAUUUGUACAUCACAGAAAAUUACUUUGCAUUUUAUUCAAACAUAUUUGGACGAAAAACCCAGAUUCUCCUGCCCGUAACAGAUGUGAUAAAAGUUACAAAAGAGAGGACGGCAAAAAUCAUUCCAAACGCUGUUGGACUCUACACUGUAGAAGGAAAGUACGUUUUUGGUUCUUUGCUGCAAAGGAACACUACCUAUAGGUUAAUGCACCAUGUCUGGCUUAAAUCGGCUGACCCAGACUCUACGGAAGAGGAACCAACACCAAGCGAGGAAGAACCGGGAACGUCUGACGAGGUGGUGCCUCCUGUAUCUCCCUCACUCCCCCAAGUCGUUGUUCGCCCGGAAGAACUUCCUCUUCGGCGAUUGUCCCGCCGAAAAUCUGAAAUCUUCCCUCGAAUCUCAGCCAAAGCGGCCCGUCGUCACUGCCCACCACCCCAAAUAGCCGCCUCAUCGGUCGUUGACCAGAUAACCCUUAGCAAGUGCUCCUGGGAAUGCAACAAAGGACGAACAUCUUCUUUCUCAGAAUGUUUCACCAGGAUCGAAGGGAACGUCCAAACAACCUCAGAAUGCAUGUUUACAAAAACAAUCUUUGUGUUAUUGGCAGCAACACUUUUAUUAGUGAUUCUUUUCCUAUUGGCAACAAUUCUAGUCUACAGAGUUUCUAUGUAUCAUAACAGAGUUCUUUCAGAAGAUAACUGGACAUCAAAAUCUCAAAGGAUGUCCAACUACUUGGAGUUGCUGAAAUUGCAGCAAGAGGCUGUAGAAAAGGAAAUAUUAAGGAUAACAACAACUCUAAAAAAUAGGCUGAAUGACUUAGGGCAGGUUCGCCAAUCAAUUGAUCAAAUAUCUAGUUUUACCAGACAGUCCAAUUUUGCAGCAAGAAACUAUAAUGUUGACGAAACCACGAUUGAUGCACAAGCACCUUCGUAGUGAGAACUUAACAAAAUAAAAUUUCUCUCGAAUUCUUGGUA